CGGCUUGGAACCAGGCUUCAAGCUCCAAUUUUGAAAGCUUUAUCUUCAAAUCAACCUACACGAUCUCUCAACCUACAUCUUACGACCCGACAGCGUUCGUAUCAUUAUCAUCCGCGCGCAAUCCACGAUAAUUUUGACAGCGUUGGUUUCCUUUGCACAGAACCGCUACACGAGCCCGGACCGACGGUCGCUUUCAACGUUCGCGUUCUUGACCGAGCAAGACUAAGUAAGGUCUGCACCGCCUGCGGCCUUGCGCUGAUCGAUUUCGCCGCCGCCAUCUCGACACGAAUUCGUCAGCUUUCAUAGUCAUCGGCUCUCCGUCGUGAACGUUCAAACCCAAGACGACCCUUUCACUCCCGACCUCGCGCCUUCGUUCACCAUCGUCCCAAUAACGCCACCCCGCCGAUCGUGAACCAUGGCCACCGAACUCACCACUGGCACCCCUCUAGCGGAUGCCCUUAAUAACGCCAUCCAGGAGAAAAUCGUGGAAGUGGGAUGGGCUGGCAACACCACCGAAGCGGCCCCCAUGGCCGAAUACCUCGUCCUUAUGCUGGCCAACGGCAAAACACAGGACGAAGUCGCCGCCGAGAUUUCUGGCGACCUUCUCAGUCUGGGACCUGACGACCCGACCGCAUUGCACUUCGCUCAGUGGCUGUUUGAGCAACAAAAUGCACUCAUUCCACAGUUCAGCUCCGCACCUGAGCCCGUAGCCGACGAGCAGGGCGUGAUGGAUACGGCACAAGACAAUUCAAUGGGCGACUUUAACAUGGACGUCACAACAGACGGUUCUGGCAAUGAGCUCAACGCUCCCACUGGACCCAAGGCUAUGCGAAACGGAAGCGGCAACGGCAUGCGCGGUGGACGGGAAAAGCGUAUCAUGGGCCAGAUCAACCGUGCCAUGGACAGGACCCACGACCCCAACGCCGCUCUGCAUCGCGUUCGCGGCCAGUCAGGAAACGAGAGGAUAGCGCGAGGCCCUCCUACAGGCCCGAGAAUGGGCGUCGGAAGACAGCCACGUACGACGAACACACGUGUUGCCAGCAUCGCGCAAGGAUUGGCGAACAUGGGCGGCCCUGCCGGCCCUGGUGGUAUGGGCCCGAUGAACCCGAUGAACGGCAUGAAUGGUAUGGGCGGAUUUGGCCAGCCGGACAUUAUGGCGAUCAUGGAACAACAAAGGCACAUGUUGCAACAGAUGCAGAUGAUGAUGCAACAAAGUGGUGUUGCUCCCAAUGGUCACGGUCCCCAUGGACAUGGUCGCGGUCACGGACGCCCGCUAUAUGAACGCACGAGCCGGCCAAACUUCCGCCGUGGUGGAGGCUUUCAAGCUGGCGGCCACCAACACCCACAGAGCUCGGAUGCUAGUCAAGGCGACGCUGCUCAACAAGGUCAGCAGGCCGGUGAAGAUGUCGACAUGGUGCAAGCAAAGCGCGAGCCCCCGAAUCCCGAAGAGACGGUCUGCAAGUUCAACCUUCGCUGUUCUAACCGCGAUUGCAAGUUUGCCCACCAGUCUCCCGCGGCGCCGCCUAAUAUCACAAUCGACGUGAAGGAUGUCUGCAGCUUCGGAGCGGCUUGCAAGAAUCAUAAGUGUGUCGGCCGCCACCCAUCGCCGGCGAUCAAGGCGGCGCAUCAGAGGGAAAUGGACUGCAAGUUCUUCCCCAACUGUACCAAUCCUCACUGCCCAUUCAAGCACCCCAGCAUGCCUCCCUGCCGAAACGGCGGCGAAUGCAAGGUGCCCGGAUGCAAGUUCACCCACGUCAAGACGCCUUGCAAAUUCCACCCGUGCACCAAUCGAUUCUGCCCAUUCUCUCAUGAAGAGGGUCAACGCGGUACAUUCCAAGAUAAGGUCUGGGUAGCCGGCGAAGGAGGCGAGCAACAGCACGUCAGUGAAAGGAAAUUUGUGGAUGAGAACGCCCCCGAAGACGUGGUCUUGCCUGGGUCUGAGGAUCAACAAGCGGACGCCAACAUGCCCGAGGUUGUCGUGUGAGUGAGGGGGUAAAGCAAGGGAAAAGGUGGGAUUGUUCAAGGCAUGUGCCUUUUAGGAGAUAUGUGGCACUUGUGCAGGCAGGGAAAUGGACCAGAAGGACUUGGCUGGGAUUCAGGAAGGUGUUUUGGUCCUGUAUUAUAUCACUGGGAUGUGUGGGUCAAAGACUGGAUGCUUAGAUUUAUUCAUGAUUGCUGUCCAUGCGGCGUUCCGGCAGGAAGGGGUUAGCAUACAAUUGGAAUCCAAGGAAGGCGUCAACUUCGUCUACAUGUUUUCUAUACUGAGUAGGGUGUUCUAUAUUGGAGGAGGGUAUACCUAUGGCACUGGAAGGGAGCAAAGGAAUUGGUCCCCGUAGCGUAGCGGCAUUUGCAAAAUUUUGAGCCAAUAGCUACAAACAUUAUACUUUGAU